GCUUGACAUUCGUUUCACAUUGUGUUUUAGUUAUAUUUACUUGAUUGAUUGUCAAAAAAAUGUGAUUCUCCUACUUUUUCAAAGAAUACCGACUCGACGUUUAGACUGCUUAGUAUCGAUACUAUGGAAAUCUGAUUGAUAAAUCUAGAAUUUCUGGAAUCAAAGAUUAGCAGUUGUUAUUGAGUAAAAGCACAAAAUGCGCAGCAGAAGCAACUCUGGCGUCCGUUUGGACUAUUACCAGCGGAUUGUCCACAAAAUAAUCAUGAAUUAUCAGAAUCCUGUUACUGGACUCUUUCCUGCAAGUCCUGACAAUGACCAUGCCUGGAUACGGGAUAACGUUUAUUGCAUACUUGCUGUAUGGGGUCUAUCAAUGGCUUAUAAAAAGAUAGCAGAUGCUGAUGAGGAUAGAGCGAAGACAUACGAACUCGAACAGAGCUGUGUAAAGCUAAUGAGAGGUCUCCUGAUGGCAAUGAUGCAGCAGAAGGAGAAAGUGGAAAAGUUUAAGUCUACUCAAAAUCCACAUGAUGCCUUGCAUGCAAAGUAUAGCUCUACCAAUGGUCAAAGUGUAGUUGGAGAUACAGAGUGGGGACAUCUUCAAAUCGAUGCAAUUUCUCUGUAUCUUUUAAUUCUGGCUCAAAUGACAGCAUCUGGCUUACAAAUUGUUUUUAAUUUGGAUGAGGUGGCUUUUAUUCAGAACUUGGUAUUUUAUAUCGAAUCUGCCUAUUGCACUCCGGAUUAUGGAAUUUGGGAGAGAGGGGAUAAAACGAAUCACGGUUUACCAGAAUUAAAUGCAAGUAGUAUCGGAAUGGCCAAGGCUGCAAUGGAGGCAAUGAACGAAUUGGAUUUAUUUGGUGCAAGAGGUGGCCCUACAUCAGUUAUUCAUGUUCUGGCCGAUGAGGCACAAAAGUGUCAAGCAGUACUGCAAUCCAUGCUGCCUAGAGAGUCAAACUCCAAAGAGCUGGAUAGUAGUUUGCUAUCGAUUAUAAGUUUCCCUGCGUUUGCAGUAGAUGAGCCUAACUUAAUUCACGAAACACGUGAGGCUAUUACCAAGAAAUUACAAGGACGAUAUGGUUGUAAAAGAUUUUUGAGGGAUGGAUAUAAAACACCAAAAGAGGACAUGAAUAGAUUGUAUUAUGAACCAUGGGAGCUUCGUAUGUUUGAGAAUAUCGAAUGUGAAUGGCCACUAUUCUUUUGUUAUUUAAUAUUGGAUUACUGCUUCCAAGGCAAUAAAGAAACAGUUGAGACGUGCACUAAACAGUUGGAAGAAGUAAUGAUUAAAGCGGAAGAUGGUAUGAAAUUGGUGCCUGAAUUAUACUCCGUCGCACCUGAGAAUGUAUCAGCGGAGUAUGCUGAACCUGGUAGCCAAAAUCGAAUAGCUUUAGGCAGGUGUCCAUUUAAGUGGGCACAAUCUCUUUAUAUUCUAGGAAAAUUGCUGCAAGAGGGAUUUCUUGCAGUUGGCGAGUUAGAUCCCUUAAAUAGACGAUUAUGCAGCGAGAAAAAGCCGGAUGUUGUGGUACAAGUAGUUAUCUUGGCAGAAGAUACAGAAAUCAGGGAAAAAAUUGCACAGCACGAUAUUCAUGUACAAACAAUUGCAGAAGUUGCACCGAUUGAGGUACAACCUGCAAAAGUCCUCAGUCAUUUGUACACAUAUUUAGGACGCAACAAAAAAUUAGGACUGUCCGGGCGUAAGUCAAGGGAUGUAGGAAUUCUCAGCACUAGUAAACUGUAUUCCUUACAUGAUAAGAUAUUCGCGUUCACGCCACAGAAAUUUGACACGGAGGAGUACUACACAACAUACGACGUCGACCUGCUUGUGAACACUUUUACAACCACCUUGGCCUUCCUCAAAAUCAACUGGAAGCAAAUGCUCGGCAGACCAACUGUAACCCUUGUCGCUACUCAUAAUCAUUUAGAUCAAGGUAAGAUACCGUUAGCUAUGAUAACUACCUUGAAAAAACUUAAAAGCGGCUACAUCAAUGGUACUAGAGUUUCAUUGGGAAACUUGAAUGAUUUUUUGAGUACGUCGUGUAUCACGAAUCUUAGUUUCCUGGGAAGUUCCGAGGAUGGUCGUCCUGAUAAACUAAAUCCUCAGGUCCAACAAUAUUUGGAGGAACACUUAAUGCGACCAUUUCCUCAUCGUACAGGACUUCUUAAUAAACACGGUCCAAUUCGUACAGGGAAACAUCUGCGGCGUAAAAUGUCUGUGAAAGGCGCGAUAAAAAAAACGCGAUCCAUAGCUGUCGAACCUGAAAUUCUUGGAAUGGCAGGGGAAGACCGUAGACAUUCUACUAUUCUAAUUACAAAUCCAUUUAUUGAAGUGACGGAUACUACCUUGUCUAUCAACGCAACUCAACCAAUGACGAUUGAACGCACACCAUCGCCAACAGACGAGCUGCUAUCGUGGAAAAAUUCUCCCAAAACUAAACAUAGAACAAUAUCUGAGACCCAAUAUGCUGAGACUGAAGUGGAGGAAUUGCUAUCUAUGCUGCGCGAAACAGAAAGUCUUGAAGAGCAAGGAGAUAUUUUGCAGUAUAUUGUGGACUCGAAGGGACUACUUUUUGAUACAGGUGUAGUAGAAGAGGGACAUCCCGUUCUAAUAAAGGAUUUGUUAAAAAGUCUCUAUGAGAAGGCUUGUCAACAGAAAAUGUGGGGUAUUGUACGACACAGCGCGGGUAUGUUGGGUAAAAGAGUGGAAGAUUUAGCGAAGGCGGUUACUGAUUUACUAGUACGACAAAAGCAAGUGACUGUUGGCAUGCCACCGAGCAAUGAGCAUACUAUAGUCGCGCCUCUACCAGAGAAUGAACUGCGAGCUCUGAUUCAUCAGGCAUACGGUGACGACGAAUCGACCGCUAUGCUGACACAAGAAUUACUCGUUUAUCUGGCGAUGUUUAUUAGAACGGAGCCACAAUUAUUCCACGAGAUGCUGAGACUGCGCGUCGGUUUGAUCAUACAAGUUAUGGCGACAGAACUAUCGCGAACAUUAAUUUGCACCGGUGAAGAAGCUUCUGAGCACUUGUUAAAUCUAUCUCCUUUUGAGAUGAAAAAUUUACUGCAUCACAUUAUGAGCGGAAAAGAAUUUGCUAUUAGUAGUGUUGGUCGUGGCAAUUUUUCCGUCAUUAGCUGCAAAUCAAGUAGAGUCAGUAAGAAAUCUCAAAUUGGUGGUUUCUUAAGCGCUGAUCAAAAUGCUGAUAAUGAGGCAGAAGCAGAUCGACAAGGUCAAUGGUUGCGAAGGCGACGAUUAGAUGGUGCGUUAAACAGAGUACCAAGAUGUCACGGUUUAGCCAUUGAAGGAAGAGUACUGCCUCAAAAUCUCACACAGGAAAUGACAUCUGGCGAGUUGAAAUUUGCAUUGGCUGUAGAAACCGUUUUGAAUACUAUACCGCAGCCAGAAUAUCGUCAACUUGUUGUUGAGGCUUUAAUGGUACUAACAUUAGUAACUGAAUAUAACAUUGUGCCAUCUUUAGGUGGUCUGAUUGAAGUUGAACAUUUAGUACAUAAAGCAAACGCUAUUUUCUUGGAAGAUCAGAUGGCUAUCGACGGUGAUGCAACAUUAUGUUGUGCAAAACCAAAAGAGCAACGUGAAAUGACAACUAUGGGAACGCUUCUCUGUGGUGGAGCAGCAUAUAUUUGUCAACACUUUUACGAUACUGCUCCUAGUGGAAGUUAUGGAACGAUGACGUACAUUACAAGGGCUGUCGCUGUGAUACUUGAUUGUCUACCAAAAGAUGGCGACUUAGAAUGCUCAAUAUCGUAA